AUGUCCUUGAUGGAGGAUGACGACCUUGACUUCCUCGAAGGCGGUAGUGAUGAUGGAAGUGGCUUUGAUGCCUCAGCAUUGCUUGCGGAUCCUAUCUUGGAUGAUGAUGACAGUGGAGAAUUCGGUCUUUCGAAUGCUGCAGGGUCAUCAGGAGGGAUCGAAGGUGGAAGACCUCUUUCCAUGCCCAACAACCCCACCAUGCCCAAUAGCUCCAAUCUAUCCUCUUUCGACAAUAACAACAGCAGCAACAUGGGAUCACAAAUAAAGAUGCAGGGUACUAUGCAACAACAACAAAACCUGUUUCAAAAGCAACCGCAACAACAUCAACAGAACAGCUUCAGUGGUUUCAACCAAGACAACAACAUGAACAAUAGCAUGAACAACAGUAUGAACACCAGCAUGAACAGCACAAACAAUAACAUGAACAAUAUGAACAACAGCAUGAACAAUAUGAAUAGCAGUAUGAGCAGUAUGAACAGCAAUAUGCAAAUGCCUCAACAUCAGCUUAUGCACAAUCGACACAACGGAGGUGCAGACUCGUUUAUGCCUCUUAAUGAUACAAACGGUAUGCAAGUUCAGGAGUCUCAGGAAGUUGUCACUAUGAAGAUGCAAAAACUUCAACAACAAAUUCAGCAAGUUCAGAGUCAGAUCCAACAUGUUCAGUUUCAGUCGAACCGGCUGGAGAUGCAGUCAUCUCAUGUGGAUGCUCAGAAUAGCGCCCCACAAAAUGGAAUGUCAGCUAUGAACAUGCCACAGAAUCAUUUGAACAACAUGGGAAAUAUGAGUGCUAUGAACAAUAUGAGCAAUAUGAAUAACAUGAACGCGAUGAAUAACAUGAACAACAUGAAUCAGUCGCAAAACCAACAGUCCCCAUUUGGAUUACAAGGAAUGAUGAAUCCCAGCAGUGGAAUGAAUCGUCGAGCGCCUGAUCGUUCCUUCUCAGCGCCAGUAGUACCACGUUCCGUUGGGUUUAGAGGUAAUUUCAUGGAGCCACAGCAAGAACGGCGGCACGAAAAGCAACCGCAGGCUGGGACUUCGCUGGCUGCAAUGGCUGCUUCAUUACAAGGAGGAGGUCAAGCAUCAAGUGGGCAAGGAUCGACAGGAGGAGAACCACCUGGAAAUGUCAAUGAAGCCAUGGAAAAGCUGUGCGAAAGCAUGAGACGCUCGGCUAUGAGUCGGAGUAUGGUGCGACAGUUGUCUGGUCGAAGUGCUCCGAAUUCUCGCGGAAUGUCAAGGUCAAAGUCGGGCGGUUUGCCAAGAGGUACACUAGGCCGCAAUGCUUCUGGCCGCUCUAUACAGCGCGCGCAUUCAGGAACUGAUUCCUUGCGGGGCGCACCCAUUCGUCGGCCAACACAAGACACCAAGUAUCGAAUCCAACGAGAUGCUCUAUCUAACUCGGGUGGACCACCUGGACGGGGCGUUUUUCGGCACAAAUCUUCACAAGGGGCUCUAGGAGGGACAACCAGAUUACAAAUAGACGAUAGUACAGUCGGAAUGUUUUAA